UUUCUGACAAGAACGAACAGAAAAGGUAGAGAAAAAGAUAAUCUUGGAGAGAGAAAGAGGGAAUUCUAGAGAGAGAGAAGGGAGGCGCUGUUUGUGAAUUGUGGCGAUUGAAAACCCAUAAGAAAGGUGAAGCGAACAGCGGUGAUCUCUUGGUGUUUCUAUCGUCUUUCUUGGAGGGGUUCCCGAAAUCAACAUCAAGAAUGAGGGUUGGAGAAAAAAGAGGAAUCAGGUUAUGUGAUGGCUUCUAGAGCUGUAGUUCCGGAGCAAGAUAGAGUUGGAGGAGGGAAGCAAAAGAACGGUCGUGCCGAAGGCAGAAAUCGGCGAGUUCCCGGAGAUUUUGGAAACUUCGUAACUGAAUCAACUGUUGAGUGGAAGCCUCAAAAUCAGAUCGCCCGCCCCAUAACAAGGAGUUUUGGCGCACAAUUGCUAGCAAAUGCACAAGCUGCAAAGAGAAAAACAACAGCAAGAAGCUACUGGCAGAAAUUGUUGAUGAUUUGGCCGGAAAAGAUAGUGCUGUGAAACCAGCCGUACCUCAUAAGAAGGAAUCCUUGAAGCUGAAGGAGGCUAACUAAAAUUACUUGGCUUUCCUCAACACAUUAAAGAAAGGUAGAUUUCGAUUUGCUGACCUAAAAAUAAAACGGUUGGGAGAUGCGAUCUUACCCGUUAGUUUUUGGACCUCCUUGAUUGUUGUCGGCGAUUUUAGCUUCAUGAUAGCCUCUAUCUUUUCAGGGUUCGCCUCUAUCCCUCGUUUUCUAACCAUGUAGCCUAAUAAUUUUCCGCCACCUACUCCAAACAUGCACUUAGACGGGUUCAACUUCAUCCCAUUGGUCCUCCUUAUAGCGAACGCUUGUUUCAGGUGCAUCAAAUGAUCAUUGGAUCUCAAACUCUUUACGAGCAUGUCGUCCACAUAGUCCUCCAUUGACUUUCCAAUCUGCUCUCUGAACAUCCUAUUCACCAAUCUGAAAGUUCUUCUUAUAGGGGUUCUUGUAUCUGUUCGUCUAGAUCCUUGGGAUGAAGUCUUUGUUGGUCCUAAUCUCUGUCCAGAUUUGUAUGUGCUGACUUUGGUCUUGGACCAACAUGACCUCCGCUGGGAAAACGUUCUUCUGGAACUCCUGGGUGGGAGUUACUAUUUUGCUUCUUCCUCUUCCUUGACUCACAUGAUUCUCCUAUAAUAGUCGGAAAAUAGAGGAGUUCGUUUGAUUUUACCUCUCAGUCUUUUCAUUUUCUUUUGGAUGGAUGCUUGAUAACACCAAAUCAUUCAAAUUGUCUUCAAGAAAAGACAUUUUUUGCACCAUUGAAUCUAGCUGUCCUUCAGGUACUUUGUAUGAUUGGAUCAACAUUUCCCUCCAUGGACUGCAUAUGUUUGUGAAGAACAUUGGAGCUGCUACUUCUGUUGCUACUCCACUCUGGAAGAAAUAUUUGCGAAACCAAUAAAUAUAUACAUCUACUGCGCAAAUACUUCUUAGUUCAAGGCUGAUGACAACCUGUCCAUAUUCUCUAGCCUUUUCUGUUCUACUUCCUUCGAAGUAUCCAUCUCCGAUGAAGUGUAUUUUGAUAAGUCUUCAUAGUCGGUUUGCAUUCGUGCCUUUCGAAUCUCUGGCAAGGAUCUCAACUACACAAGCUUUAUGAAGUUUUCCUUAUCAAACUCCAGGGUAGUUGCUGCUAUCUUGAUGGCGGCAACCCAUUCGUCUAUCAAUUUCUCGCUAUUUCGAAAACCUGAGGUUUAGUAUAGUGUCAUAUGUAGGAAUUUACCCGUUCUGUUUCUCUUGACUGGGAUUCUACCAUAGACUUCAGUGGAGUGUAGACGCCUCACUGCAUUUCCUGGUAGCACUUGUCGAACUUUAAAAUUUCUCAGCCAUUCUUUUU